AGCCAGUCCAUCAGACAGGCAGCCUCAGUGCUGAUUAACACUUCACUGUCAGGAGAGUGAGGUAAAAGACAAGAGAAGAGCAAGGACUGAGAUUAGACAAUAACCUUAAAACAGAAGAAAAUGUUGCAGAGGACGGCCUCCAAUGUGUCAGACAAAGUAAAGAGCAGCAAGCCGAAGCGCUCCACGAGCUUUGGCAGGUUUGAGGGUCUCAGACAUCACUCGCCACAAUCCAAAGUGGAGGAAAAUGUAACCGUUACGCUCACAGAAGAAAGUGAGAGUUUGGACCAAAACAAAUCAGCUGGACUUGGGAAGAAGAUGAAGGCAAUUUCACUGACCAUGCGCAGAAAAAUGGGCAAAAAACACGUCAAGUCUUUUUCUGAAGAGACAGGUGAUGACACAGACAAAGACCCAGAGGCAGAGACACAGAGCGGCCCUCCGGCUGAGAAAAACUCUGCAAAGACAAGCAACUCCUUAGAGAGUCUUUACAGUGGCCAGAGCUCCUCUAGUGGUGUGACCAGUGAGUCCAAUGGUUCUGGUCAGAGAGACAGUCUGAGGCUGGAGGAGGACGGCUCCUAUCAGGGACAGUUCUGUGGCAGAGCUCGCGUCCACACAGACUUUGUCCCCAGCCCAUAUGACACAGAUUCCCUCAAACUCAAAGUCGGUGACAUUAUCAACAUCAUCAGUAAGCCUCCGAUGGGCAUCUGGACUGGCAUGCUAAACAACAAAGUGGGCAACUUCAAGUUCAUCUAUGUAGACGUCGUGGUGGAGAAAGAGGAAGAAGAGGGAUCCCCUAAGAUCAGACAACAGAAGCUGUGCAAAAGACCUCGGCCUAAAACAUUACUGGAGUUACUGGAGCGACUGAAUCUCGAGGAGUACGCCUCUGCCUUGCUGCUUAAUGGCUACCAGACAGUGGAGGACCUGUUGCUCCUGCAGGAGAAACACCUGAUAGAGCUGAACGUCAAAGACCCCGAGCACAGACGCAGGCUCCUCACUGCUGCUGAUUACCGCUACACAGGUGAUGAUGUCAGGGAUGGGACGGAUGAGCACAGAUCCUCCCACAGCCUACAGGAAGAAGACAGUGACUGUCCCAGAGACUCGGGCUGCUUCAUCCCAUCUGAAUGUUCAGACAGCAAGGAGGAUGCAGAGCAGCUCACAGACGCGGCUGACUCUUAAUGUGAUCACUUGUCACAUGGAUGCUUUGACAUUUGGGAUUUGAAGUUGGGUAUUUACUUAUGACUGAUGGUCUCAACAAUCAUCCCAUCAUUUUCUCAAAAUGUCAUGUUAAUAUCCCGUAUACCAAUGAGCUAAGCCUCAACCUUGCCGAAUGUAGAAGCUUUUCAAAAGUGUUAUGUGUACAGGAAGAACAAACAACCAAAAUUCUAAAUGUCGUCUUAUCCAUUUGUCACUUUAUUAAGAUAAUAAUCAAGAUGUAAGAGGGUUUUUUUAUGUUGUUGAAAAAUUGACAUUUCAUGAUUAAAUAUCAUUUGUAUUUAUUGCAUUCUGAAUCAUUCAGUGUUUUUCGAUAUAAAGCCUUUAUUUAUCAAAUCUGCAAAUCUUUCUGUUGUUUCCCAAUCUCAUUUCAACAUCCUGUGUAAUCCCCCCCCACCCCCACCCCCUCAAAAAAGGGGUGCUUUUGAAAUGUAGUGUCUGGGUUCUAACAAUGCGUAUUAAAAUCUUGCCUAUACUGUGUACAGGAAAACAUGUAUCUUAUAUUCUGAAUGUGUGUGUGUGUGUGUGUGUGUGUGUGUGAGAGAGAGAGAUAAAGAGAGCCUGCAUGUGAACUCAUAUGAAAGUCAGCAUUUGACUGUUUUCAGAACUUUUUGUAAAUAAAAUCAAAGAAAUACAAU